AUGGAUUUCUUCGACAGAGCAUACCAGAACUUGUACGAUACGUUCGCUGGCAUUGACGCUGCCCAUGCUAUAAGACUAGUGAUCAUUGUUGGUGGAUACCUGCUCUUUAGAAAUUUAACUCAAAAGCAUCUCGCUAAGAAACAGCUAGAACAAAAAUUGCGUAAGUCUGAGGAGGCGAAGGCAGCAGAGAAACAAAAAGAGCUGAUUGCUGAUCCACAGGACGAAGAGACCAUUCAAGACAAUGCGUUCGGCUGGGGGAACAAAACGCGCAAGCGGGUGAAGAGACAAGAGAAGAUAUUGGAGGAAAGACUCCAGGAGCUGGAAAAGCUACAAGGCUCGCAGGACGACGACAAAGACAUCGAAGACCUAUUGGAAGACUGA